UACUUAUGGAUCCUCUACCGUCGGUCAACAAGGUAUUCUCUCUCAUUACUCAGGAUGAAAAACAACGGGCUGUUUCUUCGCAGGUUGUGGGCAGGACACCAGAAUCUGUGGCCUUCGCUGUCAAGAAUGGAACAUCCCAUUCUAACAGAUCAUAUGCCCCAAGGAACGCCCAUCUCAAAUGUGACCGAUGCAAUAUCACGGGACACACUACUGAUAGCUGCCGAGCACAUCUAAAGUGUGACUAUUGUGGUUUUAAAGGCCAUACUGUUGAUGCAUGCCGUAAAUUAAAGCGAGCCAACUUCCAUGGAGACAAAAAGGGGAACUCGGGUUUUUCUUCCAAAGCCCAUUAUGCUGAAUACAAGCCUGACAAUUCUACAUCAGAAUCUCCAUCUUACCACCUCACUGCAGAUCAAUAUCAUAAUUUACUUGCUCUCAUUGAUCAGACCAAGACAACUUCCAUGGCAAAUCAAGUGAGCUCAGCCUCAACAAUAAGCAACCUUUCAGGACCGACACUCGGGGAAGACGAUUGGGACGGGCGUUGAGCGAGAAGGCCUCUACUACUUGGAUAUCACGAA